CUGGAAAGAGACCUUACAUAUGAGAAGCUGAUAGAUUGGAUCAAUCCUGAAAGGAUGGACUCUAAAGAGGUGAGGGUGUCUUUACCCAGAUUUAAACUGGAAGAACGUUAUGAUCUGAAACCCGUUCUGAAGAGCAUGGGAAUGCUUGACGCAUUUGACGUCGGGAAGGCAGACUUCUCGGGAAUGUCAGCUGGCAAUGAGCUGGUGCUCUCUGAAGUGGUUCACAAGUCUUUUGUGGAGGUCAAUGAAGAAGGCACUGAAGCAGCUGCAGCUACAGCU